CCACAGUCAGCAAAACACACGUCAGAGCACAGGUCCACAGCGAGCAAAUCCUGCAGAGCUCUGUGUAUGAUUGUGUCAGACGUCCAGAGGAGAGAGAGUGAGAGAGACAGUGUGGACUGGCUGCUUCUAAACCACUGCAGGAACGCAGGAACACUAAAUCUGGGACUGUCACAGAUAAGAAGAGAGAGAGAAAGAGAGUGAGAGAGAGAGAGAGAGAGAGAGAGAGAGAGAGAGAGAGAGAAGGAAUUCUAGAAGGACCAGCAUUUGUUUAACAGCACAGUUAUGGGGACUUCUCUCUGCUGUCCAAUAAUGGAUCAAUCUAAAAGCAAAGGACAAAAAAGUUACUCAUCAUAUCCACUUUAAUCUUUGGUAGAGGACGGAGAUUAAAUUGUCAGUUUGCUCUCACAAGGUGAACACACUCAUGGUGGAUGCCAAGGGAAGGAACAUGAAAUGUCUGACGUUCUUGUUGAUGCUUCCAGAGUCAGUUAAAAGCAAGUCCAGCAAAGUCUCCAAAAAGGGGAGUCCCAGCAGCUCUUCCAAGCUGCCCCCUGUGUGCUAUGAAAUCAUCACUUUGAAAACCAAGAAGAAGAAGAAGAUGGCCACAGAGAUUUUCCCCACCAAGAAGCCGGCAUCGGCCACUACGGUGCAACAGUACCAGCAACAAAACUUGAACAACAACAACACCAUCCAAUGCUGCAACUGGCAGGGUCUCUACUCCACGAUUAGAGAGAGAAAUGCUGUGAUGUUCAAUAAUGAACUGAUGGCUGAUGUUCACUUUGUUGUGGGCCAGUCAGGAGGGACUCAGAGGCUCCCGGGACACAAGUAUGUCCUCGCUGUGGGAAGCUCUGUUUUCCAUGCCAUGUUCUAUGGAGAGUUAGCCGAAGACAAGGAUGAGAUCCGUAUCCCUGAUGUGGAACCCCCAGCCUUUCUGGCUAUGCUGAAGUACAUUUACUGUGAUGAAAUUGACUUGAGUGCUGACACUGUGCUGGCGACAUUAUAUGCAGCCAAGAAGUACAUAGUACCGCACCUAGCUCGGGCCUGCGUCAACUUCUUAGAAACAAGUCUGAGUGCCAAGAACGCAUGCAUUCUUCUAUCUCAGAGCUGUCUGUUUGAAGAGCCAGACCUAACACAACGCUGCUGGGAAGUCAUUGACGCUCAGGCUGAGCUGGCACUUAAAUCUGAGGGCUUUUGUGACAUUGACUCUCAGACCUUAGAGAGCAUACUCAGGCGGGAGACUCUAAAUGCCAAGGAGAUUGUAGUGUUUGAAGCGGCACUGAGCUGGGCGGAGGCUGAAUGUCAGCGUAAAGAGAUGAACACAACUAUUGACAACAAACGCAAAGUACUGGGCCAGGCCGUUUAUCUAAUCCGAAUCCCCACUAUGGGUCUUGAUGAUUUCGCCAAUGGUGCAGCACAGUCAGGAGUGCUGACACUAAAUGAAACCAAUGACAUUUUCUUAUGGUACACGGCGGCCAAGAAGCCCGAGCUGCAGUUUGUAAGCCAGCCUCGAAAGGGACUGACGCCACAAAAGUGCCACCGAUUCCAAUCUUGCGCCUACCGCAGCAACCAAUGGCGUUACCGUGGACGUUGUGACAGUAUUCAGUUUGCGGUCGAUAAGCGGGUGUUUAUCGCUGGUUUCGGGCUCUACGGCUCGAGCUGCGGAUCUGCAGAGUACACCGCAAAGAUCGAGCUGAAGCGGCAGGGUGUUGUGCUGGGAACCAACCUCAGCAAGUACUUUUCAGAUGGUUCCAGCAACACCUUCCCUGUUUGGUUCGAGUAUCCAGUUCAGAUCGAGCCUGACACUUUCUACACGGCCAGUGUGGUUCUGGAUGGCAAUGAAUUGAGUUAUUUUGGACAGGAGGGUAUGACGGAAGUUCAGUGUGGGAAGGUGACCUUCCAGUUUCAGUGCUCCUCAGACAGUACCAAUGGAACAGGUGUGCAGGGGGGACAGAUUCCAGAGCUUAUCUUCUAUGCCUGAGUUUCCACGUGCAAGACAAAUAACUGCCCAAUUUACCAGUGUGAAAUUGGAAUAGCUUUACAUUCCAUACAAUAUCUUACUUUUUCUACUACAUUGCAUAAUUCUCCUCCAGUGUUGUCAACUCAAACUGAGAAAUAACAGGCAUUUCAAGAGUUUAAUUUUAAGCUUAAAGUGGGUUUUUGUGGGGGUCUGUCAAAGCGUGAAGGGUUUUCUCCAGGUAUUAAAAGUUGCUAAUUAAAUAUUUUAUUUUGUGCUCUGCAUAUAGCUAUACCUGUUUACAAGGGAUAAUGUUCUCAUUUCAAUAGGCUAUUGCUCUUUUAUCUUUAAAUUCUUUUAUUUUUAUUUUUAUUUUAAAUAUAUUAUUUUCUAUUUAAUUUGAGAGGGGACAUAGAAAGGAAAAAACAAACAAACAAGCAAACUACGAGCACUGGAUAUAAUGUUUUACAUGUAUAGUAUACUGUAUAUUUAAAUGUGUUUACUAAAUUAUAUUAUAUAUAGAUAUACAAUGUUACCACUCCAUGGCUAUAUCUGCUGUUAACAAUGACUAUGCCAUGUUAGUGAACGCUUGCACAUGUAUAUUGUAGCAAUAGUGAACAACAUAUUCAAACUCAAGAAACUGCAGUAUUUCUUCACAUUACACUUCAAGGCAAUCAAGAUACCUAACACCAAAGUUACUAUCACUAUCCCAGCAUCAGGAUUUUAAUAGUUAACUACAUUUAAUUAAUAAGUAUAAUUUGCAAGCACAGAUCACCUUAGACAGACUUUUAACUAUCUUUAAAAGUAAUCAAAUCAUUUAGGCCAAUCACACUGACAAAUCUAAACUAUGAAAUAUUUUUAUCAUUAACAUGCGUGGUGUUUGCAGUGAAAUAAACCCUGCAAUGCAAUCUAAUGUACAGUGAACAUGUACAUAUUGUAUUAUAUUCAGCAUAAAGAGCAUUUUAAAAUGUAUCUUGCUAUUAAUACACAGUUUUCUGAGUUUUAUAAAACAUGACUUAUUAUUCAACACUACUCACCAUCAGUAUGUUUUUAAGUACUUUAUUCUCUUUCACGUCAGUUUUGUAAAAUGCACAAAAAACACACUGAACGCAUAAGCAACAUUUCCUUCAGCUGAAAUAACAGGUUACAUAUUCAUAGGAGCCACAGAAUGUGACACUUGGGAUUUUGUGUCAUUAUUUACACCUCUAUAAGUGCUGCGUUCAUGGCUAAUUAGCAACAUAAUUAGCUGUCAUGCAAAAAAAAAAAAAAAUCAAAAAAAAAAAAACCUUGUCUUCACACUACUAAAUGAGAUGUUGUCAACUAGCAUUAUAUCAUGAAUUUGUAAAGACAAGUUAUCAUGCAUCAUGUUAUCUGCUCUGGGCUGUAUUUACCAGCAUUGUUGGCUUUUGUUGGCAUUGUUGGUCAUUAAGGUGUCAAAAGCAAGAAAGCAGAAAGUUAAUUAUAUUCCCUGCAGAUGUUUAGUGACAGACAACCGAAACGUAAGCAAUGAACAGAAGACAAAUAAUUCCUCUUUAAACUGUCAAGAGAUUACAUGCAGUGGCAUAGAUUCCAGGGAGGAAUUUGUUUGGGGGGGGGGGUUGGUAAGUACAACCCCCCCAAUAUUUAUACCAUGAUCAAUGGAAACAUGUAAACACAAUGACAUUAAUUUCCUAUCUUUUUAAUUUAAGUUUUUUUUGUGUGUAAUUUUGCACCAUUUGACAGCAGAAUAAUUGCAGCUGUCAAAUGCCUAUACUUUUGCCCACUUAAAUGAAAGCACUUCACCUGAAUAAAAAGGGCACUAAAAAUCCUCUCAUCUCAUUUAGGGGGAGUUUAUCCUCAUUUAAUGCUACAACCUGCUUUCACCUCUAUCUUAACAUCCCAUUUCACAAAGCAUCAUUAAAGAUUUAUUACACCAGUU